AUGGUGAAAAACUAUCGGAGGAAAUUUAAUCUGAAUAUGCUAGGCUUGAUAGAGACAAAGAAAGCAGUUUUGACUAAGUUUGAAGUAGUCCAACUUUGGGGUAAUGAUGCAGUUCGGUGGGAAUUUGUAGGGGCGGAGAGUGCGUCAGGAGGUCUGCUCUUGAUGUGGGAUGAAACAGUGUUUAAGAUGAAUAACUGUUAUAAAGGAGAUAGAUGGUUAUGUGUGGAUGGUGUGUUGUUAAAAAAUAACUUCCUUUGUGCGUUCUGCCUAGUAUAUGGUGCGCAUGCGAGGGAAGAGAAGCUGGUGGUGUGGGAAGAGUUGAGCUUUUUAUCUGGGUUAUGUCAGGUACCGGUUUGUUAUCUAAGGGAUUUCAACGAGGUUACUCAAGUAGUGGAAGAGAGGAAGGGAGCUGGUUCCUUGACGGUGUCAGCAGUAGAGUUUAAAUCAUGGAUUCAGGAUAUGGAGUUAGUCGACCUACCGCUAACUGAUCGAACGUUUACAUGGUUCAGGGGUCAGUCCUGCAGCCGCAUUGACAGGGUUCUGGUGACAAGGAUGGGAGGGGGACCAAGACCUUUUCGGAGCCUAGAUUCCUGGUUCUCUCACGAGGGAUUCCUGAGGAUGGUAAAGGAGGAGUGGAGGAACUUGGGGGAUAUUCAAUUCAUGGACAAGUUGAAGGGGUUGACGAUUCCGCUCGGCAAAUGGCAUAAGCAAAAUUUUGGAAACAUGGAUAUGAGGAUUAAAUAG